AUGCGACUUCUCAACGUGGAUACUCUGGAGCUGUGCGAGUUCGGUUUCAAUGGACUACCUACACCGCACUAUGUGACGGCUUCUCAUCGUUGGACACUUGGCUCUGAAACGACCUUUAAAGAUGUGCUUAAGCGGCGGAAUACCGAGACACCAGGCUACAAGAAGGUCGAGGCCUUCGCAGCAUACAUUAGGACAAACAUACCUUCGAUCAAGUGGCUAUGGAUCGACACCUGCUGUAUUGAUCAGAAAAGUACGGCGGAAUUGUCCGAGGCCGUCAACCUCAUGUAUGAAUGGUUCAAGAACUCGGUGAUGUGCCUCGCAUACCUCGCCGAUGUUGAAGAUUCUGAGUUGGGCCAAAUCAACGAUUCUGACGAAAGUGACAUCGCGACCAAGAGCGAAUUUGAGCAAAGCGUAUGGUUCACAAGAAGAGGUUGGACCCUACAAGAGCUGCUCGCACCCAAAAUGGUGAUUUUCCUCACGAAAGAGUGGAGGGUCAUUGGGCACAAAGGACACAAAUUCGGACAGAAAUGCGACACGGUUGAGGACACAGAAAUUGGUACCAACGUGGAAACGCUCCUUGCGCGGAGAACAGGCAUAUCUGUGGGUGACCUCGUAGGUCCUUACCCGCGGCUCCAUAGAAGGGACGAGCACUUGAAGGAAACGAUGAAAUGGAUGGAGGGGAGGAAAACAACACGACCUGAAGAUAAAAUCUAUGCCCUUUACGGGAUUCUCGGUGUCUCGCCAGGCGCAAACUAUGGAGAGGGGUACCCGUACGCGUACAGCCGCCUUCUCAAAGCCGUCAAAGAUUACCAUGCACACGUGCAUGAGGUGCUCGCAGAAUCUAAGAGAAGAAUUAUAGCUAGACUUCCGCCCCCAUCGAAGGAUGAUUUUCGCGCCUAUGCUAGCGGACCCAAACCAAAGGAGAUCCACGAUCGGCUUCGAAGACCUCCUUCGCCUGCAGAGCGACAGCCCUCGCUUGCUGGUGAGAAGAUAAAUAACAGCAUUCCGGCCUGA